AUGUCGACCGAAAAGUCAUGGGAGACAACGGAUGUUCUUAUUUGUGGCUGCGGCCCAACAGGAGCAAUGCUUUCUGGCUACUUAGACCGACUGGGCGUUUCUAACAUUAUAUUAGACAGAGAAGCCCAGAUCACGACUGAUCCGAGGGGAAUAGUUCUUGACGAUGACGGGAUACGGUAUCUACAAGGUCUAGGUCUUUAUCAACAUGUGUUUACCGACAUAGGAUCUUGUCUGUGUUCCUAUUCAUUCGGCGUGGGAAAGGUCCUCUUCAUAGGGGGCGAUCACUCGGAUCUCAGCACGAAGCCUCUCUUCUCUUUUGAUACUGCGUCGACGAAGGGGUAUACCGGUCAUGCUUGGAUGAUCACCCAUAAGCAGCCUACUCUGGAGAAGCAUCUUCGAUCUGUCAUUGAUGGCUCUCGGUUUUCCUCGUUGAGAACUGGUUGCACGCUAAACUCGAUUCGAGAAGAUGGGGACUGGGUGUACGCAUCUUAUCUUGAUCCAACUGGAAUUGAAAGAUAUGUGCGCGCUCGUUUCCUGGCCGGAGCUGAUGGUAAGACGGGUUUUGUCCGUAAGAACUACUUAGAGCCUCGUGGGGUUAGCAUGGAGUGGGCUGAACACAGUCGUUACGAGGAAACCUGGGUCGCGAUGAACUGGAAAAUAAGUUUACCCACGAGAGAAACGCAUCCUGAUUUCCCAUUAUGGCAACUGGGCUACACAUCCGAGGAGGUUUACGAUCUAUUCUUUCCCUCCGACUUUCGGUUCCUUUGCAACCCUUCACGCGCUGCCGUGUGUACACGAUUUGGGUCAGUCAGGGAUCGAUUGUGGCGAUUUGAAUUUGUCGUUCAAUCUGGAGAGGACCCUGAAGAGAUGGCGACGGAGAACAUGGUCAGAGAAGUGGUUCUGCCCUAUCUACGACACCGUGGGAGUCGAUAUGGACUCACCGAGGACGUCGAGUUCCCAGAGGACUGCAUUCGUACCCUUCGCUCACGACCUUUCCGGUUCGCUGCGCGACUAUGUAACAAAUGGGCCCUCGGUCGGGUCAUCUUGUGCGGCGAUGCUGCGCAUGUCUUCCCUCCAUUUGGCGGCCAAGGCAUCGCAUCCGGAUUUCGCGACGCCAUCGGCCUCGCCUGGCGUCUUGCCAUGAUCAUGCAAUCCCCGGCGACUCAGAAGCAUCACGAAAAACAUCUAGAAGGAUGGUACAUCGAGCGUCAACAGCAGUUCCAAACAUCUUUAAACACCACUCUGCGAAACGGACAGCUCGUCAACAGUACAAACCCAUUGCAGAACUUCAUCCGCGACUGGGCUCUCUGGGGGAUGCGCUUCAUCCCAAGUCUCGAUUACCGAUUGCAACUCGGUCCGAGACUUGAAGGUCCUGUCCAGUAUUCCCAUGUGGAUGGAAUGCCGUUUUUGUCUGAAUUUGGUGGUGGGGUGUAUUUUCCGCAGGUAUACUGUGUGAGGCUUGGAGAUCGAAUGAGGGAUCUCUGUUUCACGGAUGAUGUGGUUUUUGCAAGAGGGAAAAACAAGCUAUUUCAGGUUGUGGUGUUGCUGGAUUCAGUGGAAACAUGUUCAUCGGCAAUGAGAGACCUUGAAAAGAUUGACCGCAUUAGUGGUGGUCACUUGAGCACGGAAGAGUCGACGCUGCUCGCUCCGGUGUCUACAGCGGGCGUUUCAAACAUUGACCAUCCAGUGUUCCGAGCCGCCACAGCAGAAGAGUUCGCGGAAUCUGAGCUGUGCGCUGGAAGACCUGCGCCACGCGAUUACGAUGAGUCUCAGAUGUGGCGGAUGUUCAAGUCGAAACGGUACGUGAUCGUAAGACCCGAUCGUUUUGUCUAUGCAGCCUGUGCUACGAAGACCGAAUUGGAGCAAGCUGCACGGAAACUCGCCAAGUUGUUCCCUCUGGAAUGA